AUGAGUGAAUGUCUCACUGCCAACGAACAACGCUUUCGAUUUCAGCAAGACGCAUCAUUGGCAGCUACUUGUAGUUUGCCUAAAAGAGAACACUACUACAUGAUUUUGUUCAUUGCACAAGUCUCCUCCAACCCUCUCAAACAAGUAGUAGAUUGUUUCCUUGCAGCACAUAUGAUGUUGUCCGGGAGAUCAACUACUACAACUAAAAAGCUUGCAUGGUUGACCCUUAAGAUAUUCAAUUCUACUACUUCAAUUCUAGACAAGUCCCUUAAAUCCAUAAGGAAGACACUUGCAAAAUAUGUUGCUUAUGGACAACACCAUAUCCGAUGCCUUCCAAAUGAGAGGGAAGCACUCCUUCAAUUCAAGGCUGCCAUUGUUGAUGACUUCGGCAUGCUCUCCUCUUGGACCACUCCCGACUGUUGCCAAUGGAAGGGGAUUCGCUGCAGUAACCUCACAGCUCAUAUUAUAAGCCUCCACCUUCCUGGAUAUUAUCAUCGUGAAUCUCUUUCUCUUCGUGGUUAUUAUGACAUCUCGUGUUACAUCAUCGGAGAGAUACACAAGUCGUUAAUGGAGUUGCGACAUUUGCAGUAUUUGAACCUCAGUUUCAAUUAUUUUCGAGAGACUAAUAUUCCAGAGUUUCUUGGAUCUCUUACCAACUUGAGAUAUCUUGAUCUCUCUUCAUGUGGUUUUAGUGGACAAAUUCCAACUCAGAUAAGUUCUCUUUCUCAUUUGAAAUAUUUGAAUCUAUCAAGAAAUUACUAUUUGAAUGGUUCAAUCCUUCGUGAACUUGGAAAUCUCUCUCGGUUGGAAUAUCUUGAUCUCAGUUGGAAUUCUUUUGAAGGAUACAUUCCUUCCCAACUUGGAAAUCUCUCUCGGUUGCAGUAUCUUGAUCUCAGCUACAAUUCUUUUGAAGGAUACAUUCCAUCCCAACUAGGAAACCUUUCAAAUUUACAUCAACUCUAUCUUGGAGGAAGAUAUGAUAGUGCUCUCAAAAUUUUCACUAGUGAUCAAUGGUUAUCUAAUCUUAAUUCUUUAACCCAUCUUUCCUUCAAUUCCAUCUCUAAUUUUAACAGUUCUCCUAGCUGCCUUCGAACCAUUGCCAAGCUACCAAAACUAAGAGAACUCAGUUUAUCUAAAUGUGGCCUUUCUGACCAUUUCCUCCUUUCAUUCAANCCUUCCAACUUCAAUUUUUCUACUUCCCUUUCUGUCCUUGAUCUUUCUCGUAACUCCUUCACACAACCAAUGGUAUUCCAGUGGGUGUNAAACACCACUUCCAACCUUGUUGAGCUUGACCUUAGUUCAAACCUCUUGAAGGGUUUGACAUCAAAUCAGUUUGGCUUGGCCAUGAAUUUGCUUGAGCACCUUGACCUCUCCUAUAAUGUGUUCAAGGGUGAAGAUUUGAAAUCAUUCAUGAAUAUGUGCACCCUACGUUUAUUAUACAUGUCUGAAAACAAUAUGACCGAAGACCUUUCGUUAAUUCUUCAUAAUUUCUCCAGUGGUUGUGUUAGAUACUCACUACAAGAGUUGAGUUUGUCAUCUAAUCAAAUCAGAGGCUCCGUACCUGACCUUUCAGAAUUUUCAAAUUUAAAAACGUUGGAUCUUUCUGAUAAUCAAUUGAGUGGGAAGAAACCUGAAGGNACUAACUCUNUAGAAGNUGGUGGUUCAAAAUCAUUUGGGAGCAUAUGUACUUUGGAGUUAUUGGAUUUGUCUGAAAAUAUGUUGAGCGAAGAUCUUACGGUCAUAUUUAAUCAUUUGUCUGGAUGUUCUACAUACUCAUUACAAAAAUUGAGUUUGGCAUCCAAUCAAAUCAGAGGCUCCGUACCUGACCUUUCAGCAUUUUCAUAUUUAAACAUAUUGGAUCUUUCUGGGAAUCAAUUGAGUGGGAAGAUACCUGAAGGCACUAGAUUGCCAUCUCAUUUGGAGCAAUUAUCAAUUGGGUAUAACUCUUUAGAAGGUGGUGUUCCAAAAUCAUUUGGAAGCACGUGUACAUUGGAGUUAUUGUAUUUAUCUUCAAACAAGUUGAGUGAAGAUCUCACAGUGAUAUUUAAUCAUUUGUCUGGAUGUUCUAGAUACUCAUUGCAACAAUUAGAUCUGAGUAUGAAUGAAAUUAGUGGUACUUUGCCUAGCAACCUCGCCAUAAUGUUCCCAUCGUUAAAAGAAUUGUACCUUGAUAGUAACAAGCUAAACGGGACAAUUUCUGAAGAUCUUCGAUUUCCAACAGAACUUGAGCCCUUCAAUCAUCUCCACGGGCAGCUCCUCAUCUCUUCAGCUCCUUCAGUCAGCCUUUUUGCACGUGCCCUAGCCAUCGCUAGUUCAGAGAUUGCAAGCCAUGGAGCUCUUCGAAGUCUUCUCUUCCUCUCACUUGAUCCUUAG